UCCAUAAUGAAUUAAAAGGCAAAAAGGUUCCUGAACCGCCGCUAUAGAAAGGAGAUCAGGAAUCGAUCCUAUUAGCUUGGAUCUAAAAUCCCAGCUUAAACCCUCAUAAUCCACCUUGUAUUUUGGAUUUUUGUUUGCGCGGUCUAGCAUUGAACUUCAAAGGAACCCUUCUUCACUUCAUCAACAAUAAUUUGAAAACCCACACGAGGAAGCAACCUAUUCCGCAAAGAUGAGUUAUUUCAAUAACAACAACAACAGCAACUUUGACAAUCUGCUCCUGCAAACCCUAAUGGGUAGUUUACAACUCCGAUCUCCCUACCUCCACACGAACUCUUAUCUCUCCCAAAGCUUGGAAGAUUUCCUUACCGAUACCACUGACAUCCCUGAGGAAGACGACGACAACGCCGACGACGACAGAACGUCACUUUCCAAAGAAGAAUCAAAGCUGGAGAAGGAGAUCAUUCGUAUCAUCCUCAGCGGUAAUACCGAAUCUUUAAAACCUAAUUCCGGACAAUCCGUCGCGGUUGGCGAACACCAUAUCUGCGUUGGGUUUCAUGAAGAGAAGGGCUCAGAUUACCGCGUUUGGGAGUGGCAUGGUCAUAUUAUGUUGUUUGAUGAUGAGAACGGGUAUUCUCCUGAAUAUAUCUAUGGGAAUUACUUCGAGAGAGCGCCAUCACUGAAGCCAACAGUGGACACUGAGAAGGAUGCGCAGAAGGAGGAUCGAGGAGGAAGCUUGGGGCUGAGGGAGUUGAUUGACGGUGGCGAUUCAGUCGGUGGUCGGAUUCUUCAUCGGAACAUGAAUUCCGGUUCACGGAGGUUUUAGGUGCGAGAAGCCGAGAACUGGUACUUGAGUAGGGCCUAUAGAAGCCUUGGGUGGUUUUGCACUUUGAAGAAGACACUGCAUUUUUUUAUUGCCUUAUGCAUUUCCAUCUGUCUAAUUAAAGUUUUGGAUUACCAAAAUAGAGAAAGUUUAUAUUGUAUAUUCUGUUUCUUAUACGACUUGACAUCUUUCUUUAAAACAUCAUAUGACUUUGGACGGUUAGCAUUUAUCGUAUUCAUGAUUGGUAACAUGUAUACGACUAUGCUAAUCUCCUGGAUGCCUAUCAUUUACAGAUAUAUUCUUGUAUCAAGAAUAGCAAAUCCAUGUCUAUAUGUUAAAGCAGUAGCUGUCUUUAUCUGAUUAAGAGCACUAUAUGGUGGAGAAGUCUUUUGAUUAA